AUACGUAUUUUUGAAAUUCGACAUAUCAAAAUUUAAAUUGACUAGUAAGCAUUGGAAUUUCCUGUCUGGAACUAAAGAAAUCCUCUCAAGAUCCCAAUGUUGGAGCUUGUCGUUCUUUUCCUUCUCAGUUCCGUGACCUAUUUCUGUGCCCAUUUGGAACGCCCGACCACAAAUUGGGCACAUUUCUAUGCAGCAUGUCCAAUUGUCAUGGGUUUACUAUCCGCAGGACUGGUUUACAUAAAUAAAUAGAAACAGGCGUCACGAUGAAUUAUUUGAAAAAGAUGACUUUAUUUCGGCGGAGUGUUCAAAUAAAAAUGUAUUAAACUAUUUAAAAACAA